GAAAUCACCGCCUAGUCGAAGUCGUCUCGACCGGAUGCGCCAUGGCUUUGGCACGCCGAAAGGAACAGGCUCAGCCUUCCUCUGGGGUUCUUUCGCCUUCCUCUGCGCAGGCGAUGGAACGGCCGACUGCCGCCGGGUGGGGCCCUGUGGCGAGUCCUUCGGGUGCAGCUUCCAGGACUGGCUGGAAGUUGAGGAAGGCAAUGCGACGACUCGGCUAUGCCUGCGGGAGGCCUACCGCUGCGCUGUGCUGGACGCCCAAGCACUCGCGGAGGGCUGCCGCCCGGGGCUGCUGCGGGUGCUCCUUUCCGGCAUCGACCAGGCACUCAAACGCUGUGAGGAGCUGAUCCCCUGCUUCGUGGAGGUGGAGCACGUCUACUCGCAGGUCCUCGCACUGUGGCGGGACGUCCCGCACUGGGACAGGCACUGGUCUCUGCAGAGCUUGCGACAGAAGGUGGAGAUGCGCUACGACCGCGAGAUGGGCAUCAAGGAUCUUCGCAAUGUAUGCAUCGAGUGGCUGAGAAAGGCGGCGCAACUGGAAGCGCGGGUGACCUGGAUAGGAGAGCCAUACAUCCAGGAGCGCGUGCGGAAAGAGUGGCUGCCGAGCUGGAUCUCCAGCUGCAAGGAGCCGAGCUGUCAGGUGGUGCCUGACUGGGUGGUCUGCGCCAUGUCUUCCACCAGCCAGCUGGCGCAGGAUUUGUGGGUGCUGAGCCGUUUGGGCCACGUCCGGCAUGGGGCGUUCCUGGAGAUCGGCGCGAAUCACCCGGAGACCAUGUCCAACACCUUCCUGCUUGAGCAGGCCGGGUGGCAGGGUCUCUGCGUGGAACCAUUCCCACGGGGUGAUUGGUCCACGCGCACGGCCAAGCUGGUCAUCGCCGCCGUGGGCGACGGCGAGAGGCAGCGCUUCCUCUUGCCGGGCUCCGUGUGGGGCGGACUGCUGCAGAGCAUGGAUGCGAGCAAUUUGCAAAGGCUGGAGCGGGACUACCCCAGGGAGAAGCUUCUCAUGGGCGAAGUCGAGACCAGGAGCAUCAGCGACAUUUUGAAGGACUGGCUGCCUGGCGCCGAACAGCAGGUGAUUCACUUCUUGUCCAUCGACACAGAGGGGUCUGAGCUCGAGAUCCUGCGGAGCUUCCCUUUCGACCGCUAUCUCCCCCUCGCGGUGGCUGUGGAACAUUUGCACAUGGAGCCCAAGAAGUCUGAGACGAGGGCCUUUAUGGAGGAGCAAGGAAAGUUGCUGCCGGUGGGAGCAGGGGCAGUCAAGGAUACUUUCUCGACGUGGAGGCAUCUCACGAUGACCUGUUUCUGCUGAGGGACGUUCACAAGUACUCCCCUGUGGAUUGACAUGGAGC